UGCCGCCAAGAUGGCCGACAGCGUCGUCCUCAUAAGCGACUCGGAGGCUGAGGGCGGCCGCUCGCCACCGCCGCACCGGCGUCGCUGCCGUCGCCACCCGUCGCCGCGGCGGAGCGCGGUGCCGCCCCCCGCGAGCAAACAGGCUCUCACCCCUCCUGGGCACGUCGAGAUCCCGAGAAGUGCCGUGUCCUGCCUGCCGGAGGUGCGGACACAGCUGCCUUCCCCUGCCCGCCCCUCGGACAGGCGCGUCCUUGGAGCUCCGGGUGCUGCAUCACCCGGCGAGGCCCGGAUGGGAGACCCCAAAGUCUCGGGGCUGCCUCAGCUCUGGCCUGGUGCCGUGGAUGUGAAGGAGAUUAUCGAUCUGACCUGUGAGGACACGAGCACAGACCCGUCACCGUGGAGCAGCCUCACCAUCAUCGACCUGACGGAGGACACAUGCAGCCCCCCCACCACUGGCUGGGCUGACCAGGGCCCCGGGCAGGCUCCUGCUGCCCCAGCAGCACACACGUCCCAUCCCCAGCUCUGCUCCACCACAAAGCAAGAAAUAGAGGCAACAUCGGGGCCGAGCCCUGCUGCACCCUCGCACGAUGCUCCCACGGAGCCCAGCGCCACCACGGACAUGGCAGAAAGCGCAGAGAACUGGAGAUGCUUCUCUCCCAUCUCCAGCUGCCACAGCUGCUCCUGCAGCCCGGAGCAGAACUGCAGCACUACCACUUUUAACAGUGACUUGGGCUCCCUGGCCAGCAUGCAGCUGGGCUCGGACCUGCUGUCCCCGUCCCCCUCCAGCCGGGACAGCAGCAGGAGCUGGAGAUCCUGUAGCCCAGAGGAAGAGCCUCCCCACCUCGGCCAGCAAAGGGAGCUGCCCCCAAGGCUGAGCCCUGCCCCAGCCAUCCCCCCAACGCCAGUGAAGGCCCAAGAGCCUUUGCUGGAACCAGGUGACUUACAACACGGAGCAAUCCAGCAAGUGAUCCCAGCCAGGUCCAAGGCUGACAGCAAAGCCUGGCUGAACAAACUGCAGUAUUUCAGGAGGAGCGGAGUCCAGCACCUCUUCCUCCAAGGCAUAGCACCCAACAGGGAAACACAGCAGCGGAAGCCUGACCUCAUCCCCAGCGGGAAGCUGAGCAUGGUGCGCACCACCAUGGAGGAGAACUUCCUGGAGGGCACCUUGCAUUUCCUGGGCGAGUUCGUCUCCUGCCAGCACCGUCCCCCCAAAGAAAUCAUCUCCCACCUGAUCAGACAGAUCCUGUUGAACCCCCACCAAGGGGAGAUCCUGAAGGACACCUACAUGCUGCUGAUGAAGAUCCAAAUGCUCCAUCCAGCCAACGUCGCCACGGUGGGAUGGGACUGGACGCUGCUGAAAUACAUCAUGGAGGACCAGGAGAAGCCCCCUGGCUGGCUCCUCUUCCUGCAGUACGUGGUGCAGACCCUGGAGGACGACUUCCAGGAGAACCUGAGGUUGCGCCUGCUGCAGAAGUCAAUUGCCAAGAAAGUGCUUUCGUGUGACACGUGCUUCAACAACGUCAAGGAGGUGGUCGAAUGGUUGAUCACAGCAGUGACAGGAGUCGGGUUCUCCCAGCCCCAGGAGCAGCCACAAGAAAUUACAUCCUCUUCAACAGAAGCAAGGGCUGAACACAGCUCAUCUGCACCAUGUCUGGCCAGCACUGACCAGGCAGAGGUGGCUCCACCAGCUUUCUUUGCCCAGAGGGUGAUGCUCCUGCUCCAGCGGAUGUUGUCCAUCGCAGUGGAAGUGGACAGAUCUCCCAACUGCAGCUCCUGUAAGAUCGCAGAUGUGAUAUUCCCAUUUAUACUGAGUAUUCCCCUGAGGAGCCAAAGGGAAGCUUUCUUAAACACCAUGGAGAGUCACCUCCUGCGCUGUAAACUGCUAGAGCUGCUGUUCCAGCAUAGUUGCGAUGUACCCACAACCUUGCCCUUGUCUCUGGCCAAGAUCCUGUACUUCCUGAGCCACUCCUCUGUGCUGCUGCAAUACCAGGAUGAAACAGCAACAUGGCAAAGAUGGGAUGAGAUGCUGCAGUACCUGAGUUUGCUGCUGAUGAGUUACCAAAACGUAAUACUGGGGCACUUGCGGAGCUCACUCAACGACCGGAUGGACUUGAUCAUUCAGAAAGCCAAGCCCAAGCUCCAGGACAGCGAUGACAUCAGCCAUCUGGAUGUUCAGCUGAAGAUAGAGGACUUCAUCAGCCGAAUGCAGGAGGCCCUGGGGCAGCCUUUUCCCUGGCAGAUCAUGGAGAAACUGUGCAUGCUUCGGGAGUUGUUCCUUAUUGUCACUGCUACCUGAUGGAGACAACCACUGCGGCAGGGGGCACACAGAAUUUCAUGUUUCCUCUAUAAAACCCCAUCAGAACCCCCAUCUCAUGCUGCAGUUGCAAGUGUCAUACAUCUCAUGGGUUUGUUGAUACAUUUCUUCAGAAAAAUGCCUGGUUUACACGGUCCCAGAAUUGCUUCAUUCUAGUUUUACAAGGAACUUUGUACACUUUUAAAAAAAUAAAUUAUUUUCGUAUUUGCC